AUCACAUGCUCCAGUAUCGAUCUCUGAGUAAGAGAAGAUCGAUGCAAGGUGGUGGGGAGGGAUCGGUGGCGAUGGCGGCAGCGGCAGCGGCAGCGGAAGCGCGGCACGAUGACGUGGAGGCGCUGCAUGAGCAUGAUGAUGAUAGCCGUGAGCAGAAGCGGCCUCUCUUGGCGAAGCGCUCCGUCACCGCGGACGACGGCAGCGACGGCAUGAGCCCAAUCCAGCGGGCCAUCAGCCAGACGUACCAGAGCACGGCGCACCUGGCCAAGCUUCUCCCGACGGGUACCGUGCUGGCGUUCCAGCUGCUUACCCCGAUCGUCACGGCCCAGGGCCGCUGCAUUCGCGCCAACCGCGCCAUGGCGAGCGCACUCGUGGCGCUCUGCGCGCUCUCCUGCUUCGUGCUCAGCUUCACGGACAGUUUCAGGGACGCCAAGGGCGCCGUUCGGUACGGGUUCGCCACGUUCCGGGGCCUCUGGGCCAUCGACGGCGGCGCGCCGCUGGACCCGCAGGCCGCCGCGGGCUAUAAGAUCCGGUUCCUGGACUUCGUGCACGCGGUGGUGUCCGUGAUGGUCUUCGCCGCUGUCGCGCUGUUCGACCGGAACGUGGUGUCGUGCUUCUACCCGGUGCCGUCGGAGGACGUGAGGCAGGUGCUCACGGUGUUGCCGAUCGCCAUUGGCGUGGUCGGGAGCAUGCUGUUCGUGUCCUUCCCGACCACCCGCCACGGCAUCGGCUUCCCGCUCUCAGCGCACUAA